AUGUGGAAGCCGUCGGAGAGGCUGAUGGAGACCAUCAGACAUUAUGCCAGCUUCCCCGCCACUGGUGUCUCCCUUCGGCAGAUGGUCCAAUUUGGAGACAGACCUUCGACUGGGACUCUGUUUCGCGCCUCUCAAUUCCUCUCCGAGGAACUCCCAAUUCGACUUGCUCACCGUGUCCAGGACCUGGGGGAACUCCCUGAUGGACUCAGCGAAAUGCCCUCCAUCAAGAAGGUCCAGGACUGGUAUGCGCAAUCAUUCGAGGAAAUCAUCAACCUGCCUCGGCCGACUCUUACCCAGGAAGUGAAAUCCCGGCUGCUACGGCCAGGGAGAAUUAAUGGCGGUGCUUCGAAGAUCCUCUCGGAGACCACCCAGAACCCUAGUAUCAAGGAAGGGCAAUAUCGGUCCUCUCCCUCCUCGGCAUUGAAUCAUAAUGGAAAUGGAAAAGCUGCUGCCGCCGCGGCUCGAAGAUAUUUUGUACCUUCCGACGACCAAGGCAAUUGGCCCCCGGAGUUGAAUGACUACAACGAACGCUUCGCAAAGACUCUCGAGCAAAUUAAACGGCGACACGACAGCGUUGUAACCACGGUGGCUCAGGGUAUCCUGGAAUGGAAGCGUAAACGUCAAAGACUACAGAUCGACUCGACCGUGCAGUCCUUCCUCGAUCGAUUUUAUAUGUCUCGGAUAGGUAUACGUAUGUUAAUUGGCCAGCAUAUCGCUUUGACAGAACAAACGCACGUCCGCCAUCCAAACUACGUUGGUAUUAUCUGUACGAAGACAAAUGUUCGUGAAGUCGCCCUCGAAGCCAUUGAUAACGCCCGAUUCGUGUGUGAAGAUUACUAUGGUCUUUUUGAAGCUCCGAAAGUCCAGCUUGUCUGCAAAGAUGACCUGAACUUCAUGUACGUCCCCGGCCACCUGUCUCAUAUGCUGUUCGAAACCCUGAAGAACUCCCUGCGUGCAGUGGUGGAGACCCAUGGGGCAGACAAGGAAGCUUUCCCAGUCACCAAAGUCAUAAUUGCCGAAGGAAAAGAAGAUAUCACUAUCAAGGUAUCCGAUGAGGGUGGUGGAAUACCCCGUUCUGCUAUCCCCUUGGUUUGGACGUACAUGUACACUACGGUUGAGCAAACACCCAAUUUGGAUCCCGAUUUUGACAAAAGCGACUUCAAAGCCCCUAUGGCCGGCUUCGGGUAUGGAUUGCCUAUCAGUCGUUUGUACGCUCGGUACUUUGGUGGGGACUUGAAAUUAAUCAGCAUGGAAGGAUAUGGUACGGAUGUCUAUCUUCAUCUAAAUCGACUAUCCUCGAGCUCGGAGCCCCUGCAAUGACAAUUACCAGUCAUGAGGGAUGGUCGUGUCCGGUUCUCUACUUCCCAUAGACUUCAUCCUUUCUAUUCAGAACCGGAUCCACCACCAUCUCAAGGAUUGACGCCGAUGAACAUUCGGGCCGUGCGUGCACGCAUGCAAAACAGGGAAGUUUCUACGCGUAAGCAAGUUGGCGAUGUUGAGAGUCGUCUAAACGCUGAAAGGCCUGGAAACUAAGCCAACCACUUGCUUGCGAACACUAAUGGAAGUGCUAAUGCUCCCAUCGAGGGCACACUUGUGGGCCAAUCGCGGCUGACAGCGAGCUUUAUUGAUUGGGAGCUCUCUGUGAGUUGACCACUUUUGAGUGUUGAAACCAUCGCCUUCACUACUCAUUGCUUUGUCACACGUGUGUGGAUAGACAAAAGCGUAUGUUCUCUGUUUUUAGUAAAAUUUGGUCAAUCUUGCCUGAAUGCGGGUACAUUUGACGGCCACGACCGACCCUCUGAGAAUGAUGGAAACAGAGGCGGUUUGGUCUAUUGAUACCCUUG